CUGCCACUUCAGCUGAUAUUUGGGAACUAACCUCAGAAAUAUUUUUCGUUUCUACAAAUCCAUGGUUUUAGGUAAAUUAAUUUUAGUGAUGUUUCAAAUUAUAGUGAUCUGAUUUAUUCGUUUGUGUACAGUUUAUCGAAAAUUUUGAAAGUAUUUAUUCCGUAAAGAAGUAAAUUGAGUAAAAAUGCUUCGUGUACCUCUUUCGAAAGCGCUACCAAAUGCUGUCAAAGCUGUGUGUUCUCCCAAGAGGGGGAGCACCACUCUGGCUAAAGCCCCAGAAAAAAUUGAAGUGUUCAUUGAUGAUAAAAGUGUUAUGGUAGAACCAGGGACUACAGUUCUUCAGGCUGCGGCAAUGGUUGGUGUAGAAAUACCACGAUUUUGUUACCAUGAGCGUCUUGCUGUCGCUGGAAAUUGCAGAAUGUGUCUUGUUGAAGUUGAAAAAUCUCCUAAGCCUGUAGCUGCUUGUGCAAUGCCAGUCAUGAAAGGAUGGAGGAUCAAAACUAAUUCUGAUAUGACAAAAAAAGCUAGAGAAGGUGUCAUGGAAUUCCUUCUCGUCAACCACCCACUUGAUUGCCCAAUUUGUGACCAAGGUGGUGAAUGUGAUCUUCAAGACCAGAGCAUGGCCUUUGGUUCUGACAGAUCAAGGUUCACUGAUAUUCAGUUUUCUGGAAAGAGAGCUGUGGAAGACAAAGAUGUUGGUCCAUUAAUUAAAACUGUGAUGACAAGGUGUAUUCAUUGCACAAGGUGUAUCAGAUUUGCCUCUGAAGUAGCUGGUAUUGAUGAUCUUGGAACUACAGGACGUGGUUCAGAUAUGCAGAUUGGAACAUAUGUGGAAAAAUUCUUCUUGUCAGAACUGUCUGGAAAUGUUAUUGAUCUGUGCCCAGUGGGAGCGCUUACAUCAAAACCCUAUGCUUUCACGGCCAGACCUUGGGAGACAAGGAAGACUGAGAGCGUUGAUGUCCUGGAUGCCGUAGGUUCGAAUAUUAUUGUUAGUACAAGGACUGGUGAAGUGAUGCGUAUUCUUCCACGCCUUAAUGAGGAAGUAAAUGAAGAGUGGCUCUCUGAUAAAGCUCGCUUUUCAUAUGAUGGCCUUAAAAGGCAAAGGCUGAUUACUCCGAUGUUGAAAGGUCCUGAGGGUGAACUAUUGCCUGUUGAAUGGGAAGAUGCUCUUUCUUUUGCUUCUAAGGCGAUUAGAGAUGCCGGAAGUGAAAUUGGAGUCAUUGCUGGCGGGCAGGCAGAUGCUGAAGCUCUGAUCGCACUUAAAGACCUCAUCAACAAGCUCGGUAGUGAACUAGUUUGCACCGAACGAGCUUUCCCAGACGAUGGAGCUGGUACUGACCUCAGGUCCUCUUACCUGCUUAAUAGCAAAAUAACUGGUAUUGAGGAAGCUGAUGUUGUUCUUCUAAUCGGUACUAAUCCUCGAUUUGAAGCUCCUUUAGUUAAUUCCAGAAUCCGAAAGGCUUGGGUGCAUAAUGAACUUGAAGUAGGACUCAUAGGUCCUUGUGUUAAUCUUACCUAUUCAUUUGAUCACCUUGGAGAAGACCCUAACGUCAUUGAGGAAGUCCUCAGCGGAAAGCACCCCUUCGCAAAGAAGUUGCUGAAUGCAAAAAAACCGCUGAUUAUUUUGGGCUCCCAGCAGUUGGAACGAAAUGAUGGAGUAGCUAUACUCAGUAAGGUGCAGCAAAUGGCCAAGCACUUGUCCUCGAAGAUUGGUAGUGAAUGGAAAGUUCUUAACAUCUUGCAGCAAGUAGCAUCACAGGUUGCUGCUUUGGAUCUAGGCUACAAAGCUGGAGUUGAGAGUUUGAAGGAAUGUCCCCCCAAAGUACUGUUCCUCUUAGGAGCCGAUGAAUGUGCAAUAACCAGGGAUGAUCUACCUCAAUCGACUACUGUAAUUUAUCUGGGAAGUCACGGUGACAAUGGAGCUUCAAUGGCUGAUAUUGUUCUACCAGCGGCUGCCUAUACUGAAAAACAGGCAACUUAUGUUAAUACUGAGGGUCGAGCUCAACAAACACUCGUUGCCGUCACCCCUCCUGGAAUGGCAAGAGAGGACUGGAAAAUUAUCAGAGCUAUUUCCGAGGUAGUUGGUAAAAAACUUCCUUAUGACACCCUGAAUGAAAUAAGAGGCAGAUUAGAACAGGUAUCACCCAACCUGACCAGGUAUGGUGAGGCUGAAGAAGCAAAUUUUUAUGAUCAAGCUGUAGAGCUGUCUAAGGAAGCUUGUAAUAAGUUAGACUGUGAACCAUUAGAAGUAAAGUAUAAAGACCUGGAAGACUAUUAUAUGACAGACCCCAUUAGCAGGGCAUCUACCACUAUGGCGAAAUGCGUACAGGCUGUGCGUAAGCAGAAGGAGUCUAAAUAUUAUGACUCUGGAACUGCUUAAAUCUUUCUAUUGCCAUAUCUCAUGGAAACAUGUUAGACAUGUAGAAUCCUCCACAUAGCUCGAAAAAUACUCACCGCUACUUGCCCUACCUUUUCGAAGAAAAAAAAAAACAUUCAGAUGUACACAGUACUUCAUUUUGAGAAAGAGAAACUCAUGAUUGUGUAUUUUAAGGUUAGGCUUGUUCAUACGUAAUUCGAGCUAGUUCGAAGUGUGGGAAUAUGUAUAUUUAUUGUUUUGUUUCUAUUUCUUCAGCUUUUUUUUUUCCUUUUUUUUUUUACUACUUAGUUCCAUUGUAUUUAUUUUAAUUACAAGAUGAUUUUAAACUUAAAUUGUUUUCUUUAUAAUUUCUUUUUUCUUUUAUAGGGC